UGGCGUAUGCCACGAAGAGGCGGGAAUUUGUACAUCACUUUGAUGCGCAGAAGCCAGAAUACUGAAUGCAUGAGCUUUAUCAGGAAUGGAUGCGUCGAACAUUCAGCAGAAAUAGUUGAGACGGCACUCGAAUAUAUUCUCGAAAAGUAUUACUGAAUGUCGAAAACCAAGUGCGUCUAAUAUUAAAUUUAAAUUAUUCUCAUAAUUAUUACACUCAUAACUUGUUGCUUCCCGUUUGAAAUAAAAAAAGCGAAACGUGUUGCCGCUAUUAAUGUGAUUAAUAUUAAUGUGCCCGAUCUACUAUAAGAUCUAAUUAAUCUACGUUUGUCGACAAAUUGCGCUAUUAAAAUUAAGUGUCACGCAACUAUCUUAAACGAGAAACUCAUUAAACAAUUUCAAAGAGCGGCCGACGAAAGGAUUAUGCAUCGUGUCUCACGUCGGCACUGCACAUGUCGUGCCAACUAAGUGUCGGAAAGACGCAUCAUAUAUUUACAAACCGUUUAGAAUAUUGGUGUGUGACCUGUAUAUGAAUUGAAUCAUUCAAGUGUUGUAAAACCGCGGUUAAAAGGAACUCUUGCAAAGUCACAAAAUCGUCUACAGAAUCCAGAUGGCCCAAUAAAUAUUACGUUGCGUUUGCACGUUUUAUGAGUUAAACGUGUUGCUCCAUUUAUUGAACUUCAAUAAAUAGGUCACCGUGUAUGACACAAGUUGUGUACGCUGAGCGUGGUUGCAAAGCUUUCCGAUUUUCUUUUCAUUGAUGAUUUGGCGAUGGUUUAAGAUCAACACAACAAGAAGAUGAUCACUGGAAAUAAUAGCACAAUAGCAAAUGAAUUCUAUUGUGAAAUCAACGGUUUUUUCCAGAACAUCCAACGCUAUUAUGCGCCGAUUCUCGUAUUUUUGGGUCUUCUGGGCAACUGUAUGUCCGUUUUCGUAUUCUUUGGUACAAAGCUACGUUAUUCUUCGUCCAGCAUUUAUUUGGGAGCGCUAGCAAUAAGCGACAGCGGUUUCCUAAUGACAGUCUUCGUGUCCUGGCUAAAAAUGGUGCACGUAGAUCUAUUCAAUCGGCAGGGCUUCUGCCAGUUUUUUAUCUAUCUUGCAUCUCUCUGUAGCUUUCUUAGCGUUUGGUUCGUGGUAGCCUUUACUGUUGAGCGAUAUGUAGCAGUCAAAUGGCCGCUUCGUCGUCAAUUCUGGUGCACGGUAGCCCGAGCGAAGAUGAUAGUGGUAGGAUUUACGGCAUUAGCGGUUCUGCUGACCAGCCCAGUGGCCGUGUUCUCCAAAAUUUCUGAAAACUCGACCGACUGUGGUUAUUUAGACAAGGAAUGGGAAUCUUGGGCAAUCCCCUAUAAUGUGAUAGAUAAUGUCGUGACAUUCGCCGUACCCUUGACCAUAAUAGUAAUCUUCAAUACACUGAUAGCACGCAACAUCUAUAAACUCGAUCAUAUCCGAAGAACAUUAACCAUAGAAUCCGACGUUUCCAAUGAGAGAGCUCCACGGGACAGAAUGCCACAGACUAAAGUCACAAAAAUGCUUCUGCUCGUUUCGAGUGCGUUCUUCUGCCUUAAUAUGCCUGCGUUUGUCUUCAGGGUGAUUGCUGUCGUUGGUAAUGAUAAAGUUCCUGAUAAUAAUAAAUCGGUGAUGUGGCUAAUUUGGGCGCAACAAAUGAGUCAAUUACUAUUCGACACGAGUUUCGGAAUAAACUUCAUUCUUUACUGCGCGAGCGGACAGAAUUUUCGCAGAGAGAUAGUUUACAUAUGUACGAAGCGUUCAAGUACUAGAAGAAAUGGAACUCUUGUGCAGAUGACAAUUCAUGGAAAACAGUGUGAAUUCAUGCCUAGAUGUAACUCAACAAAGCGGCUGCAAUUUAUCAAUGCGCAACAGAAAAACUUUCAGGAAACGCAAAAGUUCCCAGUGAAAGGAUUAUGAUAUCAUCAGUUUCAAAUAAUCAAAUAAAUAUGUCAGAAGAAGACAAUAAAAAAAUAA